CGAAAUCCAUUCCAAUGGUCUCAGAUAGGGGUCGGCGACCGUGCAAUGCCUUCUACGAUGCCCCUCACGACCAGCAUAUGGGGACCGACCGCACCAGUCGUUGAUCUUGCCUGUGGUCAGAGAAGGACAUUCCAUGGCCAUGGCCAUCCGCAGUGCCUACAAGCGUGCGGUAUCGUGCGGCAAUGCCUAUCAGAACACAAAGGAUGGACACGUGGCGACCAAAGCAGUGUGUGCUUCCGGCUCUUUUCUGGAAGGAAAUCGGUGACAUGGCAGGGGCGAUGCAGACUCCGGCGCGCUUUUGGACACCUUGAUGGGGUGACGUGGCUGCCGGUAGACGGUCAUGGUGCCAUGUGGCAAAAUGCGGCAGGCCGGCGGAUCCCCCUGUCGGACUUGCCGCGACGAGCAGGCAAGGACGGGCGACCAACAGGGGCGGGGAGUCCCUCGCGCCCUGGCCGAGCUGCAUGGCGAUGGCGGAGAGCUGCGCUUGGCGGGGAAGCUAUGGACGAGCAGAAGCGGGAAGAAGGAGAAGAGGAAGGAGGACAAAGGAAGGUGACGAUGGAGGAUGAAAGUUCCCAGCAAAGGCGGUUUUCCGCUAGGGGCGCGCCAUCAGCAACAGUGGAGGGGGAGGUGGAGGCGGAGCCUCUGCCCGAUGGGGGGAGGACAACGGGCCAGCGAGCGUGUGCAGGCGGGGGUGUCAAGCUCGCGGAGCCUGUGGUACGGGCAUUUGCGGAGCCGUGGGAGAGGGCGAUCGUAGCCAUCAUUGGCAUCGGGAUCCUCUGGAGUGCCGCCUGGCUGUGCAAUCUGGGUGCUGCGGGUCUUGUGGACGACACAGAGCCACUUUUCGCGGAAGCUGCACGCCAAAUGGUUGUAACCGGCGACUGGAUCACACCCCAGUUUAACGCUCAGCCUCGGUUUGAUAAGCCAGUGCUCAUCUACUGGUUAAUGGCAGGCUCGGUAAAGCUGUUCGGUGAUCAUGUCUGGGCUUUGCGCUUGCCCUCAGCUGUGUGCGGCGCUGUGACAUCGCUGGCGAUUGCUACCGUGGUCUUCCGGUUUGGACUGUCACUCAGUCCAGACCGGGCCUGCCCGUCCGAUGAAAAACCCGAAUCCACCGCACACCAGGUGGCAAUGAGUAAUUCUCCUUUCAGUGUAUCGUCAGUGCCACAUGGCAGGAUCGCUGCCAUGGUGAUCGCCAUCGUCGCAUUUGUAACAAGUAUAGAGCAUGGCAGCUUAGUGACAGCCCUGACCACUGUCGUCGACCUGACCGGAGAAAACCGUAGCAGGGUGCUAGCGAAGUCGUGGUGUAUAUCGUCAAACAGAGCUGUCCUGUAAACUGUAGGCAGAGAGGGAGAAGAGGACAACAAACAAAGGGCUGUGACAAAC